AUGGAAAUGGAGUUAAUGGGAAGGCCUGGGGUUGCUGAGUAUUGCCGCAAUAUGCCUAGGGAACAUUGGUCCAGCGCGUUCUUCACUGGCUGUAGAUUUGGUCAGACUACAUCAAGCGUUGCUGAGUCCUUCAAUAAUUGGAUUCGGAAAGACAAGAGGCCUGCCUGCGCCCUCGUUGACAUGAUCAGGUUACGCGUUAUGGAGUUGAUGAAUGAACGUCGCGAAAUGAGUCUUUUGAUGGACCCAGAGAAGCUCACUCCUACCUACGAGGCGUUACUUAAAGAACAUAUUCAAAUUGGUCGAGUUUGGAAUGUUACUCAGUCAUCUGCGUAUGAGUAUGAGAUUCAUUCGCCUAGGUCUCACACUGUUGAUCUGCUGAACAAGACUUGCACCUGCCAAAGAUGGCGUGUUUAUGGUUUUCCAUGCUCUCAUGCUACAACAGCUAUUUCUGCCAAGGGUGAUCGAUACGUAGAUUAUAUCGAAGACUACUUCAAAGUUACAAAUUUUCAGCAGCUGUAUUCAAUUGCUAUCAGACCAAUCCCCAACUACAACAGGCCAGAGCAGUAUCUGCCAGAGGAUACUAUUUUUCCACCCCAUCCACGAGUUCCACCAGGUAGGCCAAAGGGAAAUCGUAUCAAGAAUGCAUGGGAAAGCUAG